AUGCCCAGAAGUCACUAUCCAGAUGGCAACUUUCCCAGAGGGAAAGGACACAGCUAUAUUGCAGUGGAAGAAGCUCUGGGUAUUGGACUCUUCAUUUUGGUGCUGGCAAUUUUACUUAUCUUUGGCUGCUGGUACUACAAAAGACGCAGUGGCUAUAAAAGUCUACGGAGCAAAAGCUCUAAUGUGGGUACAAUACGAACCAUGGUAGAUGGGGGAACACUGCUGGACUGCAAAAUGGCUCUGCAGGAGUACAGAAACUUUAAUCCUGUGGUACCUGAUGCUCCACCAGCUUAUGACAAAGUAGCUGCAGAUCAGUCACCACCACCUUAUUCACCAUGA